GCAGUAUCUGCAGCCCUGCGCGCACCUCGAUGGUCGUGUUGCGGAGGUGUGCGCCUCCCUCUCAUCGGCGCUUCGCCGUGAGCGGGGCUCCGCAAAGGCUCCCUCACGACAGGCCUCACCACAGAAGCAAGUGGGAUCCAAGACAGGCCCCGCGGCUCCAGUUCAGGCGCCAGCGGCGAGUGUAGAUGAGGUCCUCGUAAGCUUCCGAGCAACGGCGGAGGCGAUGAAACUCAACGGCAUCUACAGGCGUCGGACCGAUGUCCAGGCGAAUGGGAAGCCUGUGUACUGCAACG